GCUGAAAGGACCAUAUAACUACUGGUGCAGCAAAGAGGUUCUCCUUCUGUAAGACAUUUGCUGGACUCCUGCAAAAUUAUUUUGAAUAACAUGGCAGAGAAGGAUUUCAUCAGUUGGCAUCUACUGGCUUUAUUUUUUCUUCCAUUUUGCCUGUGUCAAGAUGAAUACAUGGAGGUGAGCAGAAGAUCUUAUAAACCAGUGGCCAAAGUAUUGCAAAGUCACCACCAGACUGGCCAUAAAGGUUCCAGAAGCAGGGAAAUAUUGAAACAGCGGAGUCAACUUAUAGAGUGGACUGUUGAUAAUAGCACUUCUACAGACCAAAAAGUCCUGAGACCAGAGGUAGAUGAUGUAGAACUGACUACCUCAGAUAGAGUCCAGCCCCCACAAACUGGACCACAGAAUCCAGACUGUAGUUCCUGCUGUCGUGGUGACUUUGGAGUUCGACUCUACCAAGGGCCCCCAGGACCUCCUGGGCCCCCUGGGAUGCCAGGAAAUCAUGGAAACAAUGGAAAUAAUGGAGCAACUGGCCAGGAAGGAGCCAAAGGUGAGAAGGGAGACAAAGGAGAUAUGGGACCAAGGGGAGAGCGUGGCCAUCAUGGACCCAAAGGCGAGAAGGGCUACCCUGGGAUUCCCCCAGAGCUACAGGUUGCAUUCAUGGCUUCCAUGGCUACUCACUUCAGCAACCAGAACAGUGGGAUCAUCUUCAGUAGUGUCGAAACCAACGUUGGGAACUUUUUUGAUGUCAUGACUGGGAGAUUUGGUGCUCCAGUGAAUGGAGUGUACUUCUUCACCUUCAAUAUGAUGAAACAUGAAGAUGUGGAGGAAGUGUAUGUGUACCUGAUGCAUAAUGGUAAUACAGUUUUCAGCUUAUAUAGCUAUGAAUCAAAAGGCAAAGCAGACACUUCAGGAAACAGUGCAGUCCUAAAACUUGCCAAGGGAGAUGAAGUUUGGCUGCGAAUGGGAAAUGGAGCCCUGCAUGGGGACCAUCAACGCUUCUCCACCUUUGCUGGGUUUCUUCUUUUUGAAACCAAGUAAAAAAAAGAAACAACCCAAUAGAUGUUUAUCUGAGGAAACUUCUUCUUUGGAACUGGUAUUUUUCUCUGGACUGGGAAGUAGCAUUACAACACUGAAAGGUCAAGAAGGCUUGUUUUGAUGCAAUGUGUUGCUCUUUGUGUAUCAGAGAUGAGCUGAAUACAUUGGGUAGAUUCACAGAAGAUAUAUUGUCAUCUGGGUUGUAUCUAGUAAAUCAUUAAAUGUUGCUCUUGUUCUCUUCUCCAAAGUAAUUGAAAAACAAAGGAAAAAGAGUUUAAAUAAUUUAGAGAGCAGUUUACACAGUAAAGUACAUUGUAUCUGUAAACAUACUUUAGUUAAGUAUAUGUCAGGAAUUGAACAAUUGAGUCAAGUUUUUCUGUUCAUUUAUUCAGUUCUUAUUACAUGUGCAUUUAAGUUUGCAUCAUGAAAACAGGCCUGAAUGAAUUCUAAGUAGGCUCAGCUGAGACCAGGUUUAAAGGAAGAUGUUUUUACUGGACUAGAAUGAACUUUAUAAAUAGAAGAAAAAAAUGUGAAAAUAAAGAUGCCAAGGAUUCAGGUUUAUUGCAUUCCCAUCUUAAACCUCUGAAAAUGCAUAAUUUUUCAUAGAUUUUUAGUACAUAGUUAUGCUCACUCUCUCUUUCUUAGAAAAAGUGUGGUAGUAAUUCUUGCCUUAGUAGCAGCUUGAAGGUAAGGUAUUUCAGCCUGCAGUGUGCAGGGGAUCAGACAGGGGAACUCUAAUGUUUCUUCCCAGCCUUCAAAUUGUUAAAACCUGAUGUAACUAAAUGCAGGGUGUCAAAGCAGAGGCAUAUAUGCUGGAAAAGCUGGGAUAUGCUAACAGCACAAACAUAGCAACACACCUUUUGUGGAGCUUGGAUCUCUUUUAGAAGGAUGUACCUUUUAAUAUUUCAUAUUUACUCAACAGUGAAGUUGUUGAUACAGUUUUCCUAGCAGACUUCCAAGAACUAGUAUUUCAGGAACAGACAUUGCAGCUUGGCAAAGCAGCAGCUAACUCUGCUCAAUAUUUAAACAAAUGCAAAUACUGGCUGGCUCAAAAGCUCUGGUCACGGUAAACUGGGCCAUUCUUCAGCAUUAAUAUUUGCCACCAGUUUUUCAAAAUUUGGGUAUGUGAAAUCCUUUCUUACUAUUUUCUUUUCAUAAUAAUCAGCACCAAAUAUACUAAGACAGUACUGAAGUUUGAAUGUAUCUUCUGCACAAUCUGGCUCUCCACAUACAAGCUAAUGAAAUAUAAAUUACAUUUUGACAGACAUUACAUUUUAACCAGACAUUACCUGUUAUGCAUAACAGACAGGUGGGGUUAAGAAAACAUAUAUUUGCAAUUCUUUUAUAUUCGAUGCAGGUAUCAGUAGUAUGACAACAGAGCAACCAAGUCAAAAUCUGCCCUAUGAAUUUGUUUGUCAUUGUACGUGUUCCUAGUGUAUGUAAGCCACAUCUUAUGAUGAAAAAUGCAUGUUGAUACUUGAUGAUUAUGACUCGGAUUUCUUAGUUUUAUGCAUCAACCACUGAAAAUAUUAGCUUUAAUGGACUGUCAUCCAAUGAGUUUUAUUGUUUCUUUGCUAACUUUGUGGAUCGGGCAGGUAUGUGGGUCAGGUUUGUACCACAUAGUUUUUCAAACCCUGGGACCAUGUUAUUUUAAUAAGAAUUUUAGUAAAAUUUUGACAUGCCUUCAAACUAAAACCUACCCACCAGGUAAUCAGAUAAAAUUAUACUUCUGGAAUCAGUGCACAAGUUGUAUGAGAUAUAAGGCAUCAUGAGCUAAUGUUCAUAGUGGGAAAAAUCUUGAAAAAAUUAUUUCCUGUUGUGUUAAGACUCUUUACUUACUUUAUAAAACAUACAUUUACCCAAUAAAGAUGAAUAGACAUAAAACUAUACUGGUUUGUUCAUAUAUAUAUUUACAAAGGACCUUAUCAUUUGGAGACUAUGGGGAUAUAUUCUUAAUAUGUAUUUCCUAAGCAUUCAUUUUGCUACUGAAUGUGAGAAAGCCAGCACUAAGGGUCAAAAUAUAUUUAUUUUACAUGUGCUUAUAUAUAUAUAUAUAUAUACACACACACACAUAUAAAAUUUAAAUCCCUAAAGUUUCCUUUGGGGACUUAAUUUUCCUUUAUGGCAUGGCCAUUUUUUAAAUCCAUUUUGGUCAGAAUAAAGCACUUAGAAACUAUAAUACAUAUACUCAUCUUAAGUUCCUCUACAUUAUUUCUUGUAAUGGCCGUGAUAUAAAAGGAAGCCGAGUUUUGUCAUUCUCAUUUUAUGCUGUUUUCACAAGUUUUGCGCAACUUCGCCUGUUAAGAGCAGAAAGCAACUAAGAAUGACCACAAAGGCUUCUGACAAUUAAACAGCAUCAUGGUCUCAGUUCUGAGGUUAAAGCUAAGAUGUUUUUUACGUUAAGGUUGAAACUUUCUAGUUUUUGUAUGGAAUCUCUACAGUCUUUUCUCUGCAAAGAUAUUGCAUGCAAUCUCU